AUCGUUAUAAGGGAUGGGGUUUCUGACUAGAAUGUUGUUCAAGCCAUUCUAGUCAUGCAUAGAUGUAUCCGGUUCUCGAGGUUGGCGUCUCUGUUGGUGCUUCUGUUUCCCGACGAUCUUCAUUGCAAUGCUGUUGCAUUUCAAGUCCAUUCACCACGCCAGAUUCUGCCUUCCACUGAGGGAGGGAGGAUCCAAGUCGCAUUGUUCUCCUCGCACUCCUCACGUUUUCCUGUACGACACAGCACAAAUGACACCGCCAAUUUCUCCACUCUCAUGCACUUACCACACAGGACAUGCGCUGGAAUGCAUGCAGCAUGGAUGUCAGUGCCGAUGUUUUACCAUCGCAACACUUUGCCAUGUGCGUUGGAGUAUCAUCUGCUGGGGCGCCGAUGAUGGCCUUGCAGGCCAUGGGUGG